AUGCCGCCGUCAAUGAACCGCGCCGGUGAGGGCAUUUCCCUGUAUGUGCACGUCCCCUUUUGUCUGAGCAAGUGUCCGUACUGCGAUUUCAACACCUACCAGGGGAUUGAGUCGCAGUUCGGCGACUACCUGAGCGCCGUAGUGUCGGAGAUGACGGCCUGGUCGCACGCGCUGGGCCGUCCUGCCGUCAACACGGUUUUCCUGGGAGGCGGCACUCCGUCCUACCUGCCCGACGGCGACGUGGGGCGCAUCCUGGAGGCCAUCGCCGCUAACUAUGAGGUGCGCGGCGACGCCGAGAUUACCGCCGAAUGCAAUCCCAACGACCUGACCGCCGAACGGUGCGCCGAUUUGAAAGCGGCGGGGAUCAAUCGCAUCAGCAUGGGCGUGCAGAGCAUGGACAACGGAUUGCUGGCGAUGCUGGGCCGGCGACACGACGCGGCCGAGGCUGCGGAUGCGUUGGAGAAGUGCCGGCACGCCGGGUUCGACAACGUGAACCUGAACCUGAUGUACGGUUUGCCUCAGCAGUCGUUGGCACAAUGGCGGGACACGGUGGAGCGGACGGUGGCGCUGGAGCCGGAGCAUCUGUCGCUGUAUGCGUUGACUCUGGAGGAAGGUACUCCGUUGCGCCGAUGGGUGGCGGACGGUCGGCUGCCGGAGCCGGAUCCGGACCUGGCGGCGGAUAUGUACGACCUGGCCCGCGCUGAACUGGCAACAGCUGGGUACCAGCAUUACGAGAUCAGCAACUGGUCGCGGGUGGGUCGGGAGUCGGUGCACAACCUGGCCUACUGGCUGAAUCUGGAGUGGCUGGGCGUUGGGCCGGGGGCUCAUUCAUCACUGGGUCGGUGCCGGUUCUGGACGGUACGCUCGCCCCGGGAGUAUGCCAAACGGGCGGAAGAAUGGGCGCGGCGGGCGGAGGCCGAAGGCCGCUGGCCGAUGGUGUCGUCGGACGGCAUCAGGGCGGUGCCGACGGUGGACGACCUGGAGGUUAUUGACGGGGACACGUCGGCGGCGGAAACGAUGUUCCUGGGACUGCGUCUGCUGGAAGGGAUGGACCUGGCCUCCGCGUCGGAGCGGGCCGGGAUCGAUCUGGCGUUUCGAUACGAACGGGAGUUGGCCGAUCUGACGGGCGAGGGGUUGUUGGAAUGGGGAUGUGAUGGCCGGCUGCGUCUGUCCGAGGGGGCGUAUCUGGUGGCCAACCAGACUCGCCACGGAGGUCCUACUAUGGCGGUACAGCCUUACACCAUCAGCGUUUCGGACGAGGCGCUGGAAGAUUUGCAGCAUCGGCUGGCCCACGUGCGCUGGCCCGACGAAAUACCGGGCGCCGAGUGGGAUUACGGGUCGAAUCUCGAUUACAUCAAGGAGCUGGUUGCCUACUGGCGAGAUGGUUUUGACUGGCGGAAAGCGGAGGCCGGCCUGAACGCCUUUGCCAAUUUCUACACGACCAUCGACGGGCAGGGGAUCCACUUCAUCCACGAGAAGGGCAAAGGCCCCAAUCCAAUGCCCAUCGUGGUUACCCACGGGUGGCCGGGCACCAUCUACGAGAUGCAUAAAAUCAUUCCGAUGCUGACCGAUCCGGCGAGCCACGGCGGCAAUCCGGAGGACUCUUUUGACGUGGUGGUGCCGUCGAUGCCCGGCUACGGUUUCAGCGCGCAGACGCGUGAGAGGGGAAUCAACACGCGGAAGAUCGCCGAGCUGUGGGACAAGCUGAUGGCCGACGAACUGGGUUACCAGCGAUACGCCGCGCAGGGCGGUGACUGGGGCGCCGGUGUUACCGCCCGCCUGGGCUUUCACCACGACAACCACGUGCUGGGUCUGCACACGACAUCAGUGACGCAGGCCAUUCCGUACCAGGGCGGCAGUCUGGAAGGGUUGGGGAUUCGCGAGCGGCUGGAGCAGGUGAUCGGUACUACCCAGGGAGGCUAUCGCCGGGACUGGACGGCCACGCUGUCUGACGAAGAGAUCAACAUGAUCGACCAGCGGGUGGCAUGGCAGGGCGCCGAGGGUGGUUACGCGCAUAUUCAGGGUACGAAACCGCAGACGCUGGCCUACGGACUGAACGACUCGCCGGUGGGGCUGUGCGCCUGGAUCGUGGAGAAGUACCGCACGUGGAGCGAUUGCAACGGGGACGUUGAAAGCGUUUACACGAAAGAUGAUUUGCUGACCACGGUAAUGAUUUACUGGGUUACCCAGACGAUCAAUUCCAGCACGCGGCUGUAUUACGAAAACAGCCGGACGCCGUGGUACUUUGGCCCCGACGACCAGAUCGGCGUGCCCUGCGGCAUCGCCGUGUUUCCGAAGGAGCUGUCGAUACCGCCGAGGCCGUGGGCGGAACGCACCUACAACAUUCAGCGCUGGACCGAGAUGGACAGCGGAGGACACUUCGCCGCGCUGGAGAAGCCGACUGAACUGGUGGCCGAUAUUCGGGAGUUUUUCCGCGGACUGAGGUAG